AUGCUGAUUCCUUCACAUUUACACCAAAACUUGAUGCCUUCAGAAGUGAACUUCUUGGCUGAGAAUGAAAUGAUUCAAAUACUUCCGAGAUAUUCUAUGAAAUCCAUUCAACUUAUAGGGACAAAAAUACCCAAUUUGAGGGCCCUUAGAAGAGAGAAAGUUCCUAUAUGGGUAGCGUUGAUAUUGAAAUCCCAAGGGAAAUGUAAUAUAGUUCCACCUAAAUGGUUAGAGUUAGGAUAUUUGAAAGAGAAAUAUGAUGAAGAGAUAAAGAAUCCUUUCAAGUUUAGCGAUUUACCAUGGCAUUGGAUUGAAAUCAGUAAAAUGUUAUUAUCGAAAGCCGCUGAUGAUUUAUCUGACCCUUCACAUCAAUUACGAUCAAUAAUUCAAGAUUUAAAAGAAAUAAGGUUGGUUAAAUCCAAGAAAGGGUUCACAGAAUUGAAUGAAAGUAAUAUAGCAUUGACAGGAUUGAGUUUAUUGGAGAUUAAUGAAAUCAGACCAUUUGUUCUAGGAGUUAUGAACAAAUUAAGAGAAAUUCAUGAAACCAUUGAUCGAGAAGGUGAAGAAGAAGGUGAAGAGGAAGAUGACGAUAUGGAUUAA